GGUAUUUCAUUUUUAUCAGCGGAGUUUUUUCUUUAAUUAUUUAUCCCACCUAGUUCCAGUGCACGCACAAUUUCACAUCACUACUUUUGAGUGCAAAGUUUUACCACUUGAUUUAGGAGGAGAAAAGUGUAUUUAAAUAUCAACCUACCCACCAAUUGAUACCCUUAUAGAAAACGUGAUCGAUUGCCCACUUAUUAUUGUCGCUAAUAUUUUAAUGUCUGGUCUAUCACUCGCGCAAGCUCGCCUCCGGGAGGAGCGUAAGGUGUGGCGGAAGGAUCGGCCCUUCGGCUUUUGGGCGAAACCGCGUGAAUUGCCUCCAGCGUCGUCCUCAUCACCUGCAUCAACGAAAACCCUCGAGGGUUCUCGCACAGGCGGCGUGUUCGCCGAAAAGCGCGCGCGGGAUGAUAGCGCCCACACGAUGACUCCAGCUGGCGUCUCUUCCUCUUCUUCAGGGGGGCAUGCAGGCGCGGGGCGGGUUGUCAACGACGCCGUCGGGGCUCCUACGAAUACUCCAAAUACGAACAACGCAAUUGAUAAUAGCAGCGGCGGGUUAGAUCUUCUGCACUGGGAAGCGAGCAUCCCUGGCAAACCGGGAACCCCAUGGGAGGGGGGGCACUUCCGAUUGCUCAUGAACUUCACGGAGGAUUACCCGACCAGGCCUCCAAAAUGCGUCUUUAGCCCUGUUUUGUUUCACCCCAAUAUUUACCCCAGUGGAACGGUAUGCCUGUCGAUUCUUAAUGAGGAGAAGGAUUGGCGGCCGAACAUCACCAUCAAACAGAUUUUACUAAGUAUCCAAGAGCUUCUGAAUAAUCCCAACAUCAAGGACCCCGCACAGGAGGAGCCAUAUCGAGUGUACGUGCGGGAUAUCAAGGAGUACGAGCAGCGUGUGCGUGAGGAGGUGCGCAAGCACCAUAUGAACCCCUAA